AUGUUGAUUGGGUUGUGUGGAGGGAUAUGCUCUGGUAAACAUGCCAUUGCAGAGUACCUUAUCCAGCAUCAAGGGUUCCAGCUACUCGAACUUAAAAGUAGAAGUUUCCCUCAAAUAGCUGAUGAGCCCGAGGAUGAUCGAUGGCUACAUGCGUCGGAGUUCACGGGUAAAGAGAGAAGUCAGCCAUCGCAGCUAUCUUUUGGAAGUGCCGAAUCCCUUCUAGAUUUUGCAACGAAAAACUGGCAAGGCCUCUGGGUAACAACAGAUAUUUGGGAGAGUGUUACUUUAGAUCGCUUUCUUCAACGCCCGUUUUUCCUCCUAGUGAGCGUUGACGCUCCAGUCAGUCUUCGGUGGCAGCGAUUUAGGGAGAGGUCAGACUCUAACUACAUCCUGUGUUGCAAGUAUACGAUUGCGAGAGUGAAAGACUACUAA